CGGGGGAAGGCGGAGAGCCGGGUCGCCAGCGCUCGGGUCCGCCUCUGACUGCGGCGCGGCGGGGCGAUGUGUGAUUACCAUGGCGAGGAGUCUCUGUCCGGGGGCCUGGCUAAGGAAACCCUGUUACCUCCAGGCUCGCUUCUCAUAUGUGCGAAUGAAAUAUCUUUUCUUUUCCUGGUUGGUGGUUUUUGUUGGAAGCUGGAUUAUAUAUGUGCAAUACUCUACGUAUACAGAACUAUGCAGAGGAAAGGACUGUAAGAAAAUAAUAUGUGACAAGUACAAGACUGGAGUUAUUGAUGGGCCCGCAUGUAAUAGCCUUUGUGUCACAGAAACUCUUUACUUUGGAAAAUGCUUAUCGACCAAGCCCAACAAUCAGAUGUAUUUAGGGAUUUGGGAUAAUCUACCAGGUGUUGUGAAAUGUCAAAUGGAACAAGCACUUCAUCUUGAUUUUGGAACUGAAUUGGAACCAAGGAAAGAAAUAGUGCUAUUUGAUAAGCCAACUAGGGGAACUACUGUACAGAAAUUCAAAGAAAUGGUCUACAGUCUCUUUAAAGCAAAGUUGGGUGACCAAGGCAACCUCUCUGAACUGGUUAAUCUCAUCUUGACAGUGGCUGAUGGAGACAAAGAUGGCCAGGUUUCCUUGGGAGAAGCAAAGUCAGCAUGGGCACUUCUUCAAUUAAAUGAAUUUCUUCUCAUGGUAAUACUUCAAGAUAAAGAACAUACCCCCAAAUUAAUGGGAUUCUGUGGUGAUCUCUAUGUGAUGGAAAGUGUUGAAUAUACCUCUCUUUAUGGAAUAAGCCUUCCAUGGGUCAUUGAACUUUUUAUUCCAUCUGGGUUCAGAAGAAGCAUGGAUCAGUUGUUCACACCAUCAUGGCCUAGAAAGGCUAAAAUAGCCAUAGGACUUCUAGAAUUUGUGGAAGAUGUUUUCCAUGGCCCCUAUGGAAACUUCCUCAUGUGCGAUACUAGUGCCAAAAACCUAGGAUAUAAUGAUAAGUAUGAUUUGAAAAUGGUGGACAUGAGAAAAAUUGUGCCAGAGACAAACCUGAAAGAACUUAUAAAGGAUCGUCACUGUGAGUCUGAUUUGGACUGUGUCUAUGGCACGGAUUGUCGAACUAGCUGUGAUCAGAAUACAAUGAAGUGUACCUCAGAAGUGAUCCAACCAAACUUGGCAAAAGCCUGUCAGUUACUCAAAGACUACCUGUUGCGUGGUGCUCCAGUUGAAAUUCGUGAAGAAUUAGAAAAGCAGCUGUAUUCCUGUAUUGCUCUCAAAGUCACAGCAAAUCAAAUGGAAAUGGAACAUUCUUUGAUACUAAAUAACCUAAAAACAUUACUGUGGAAGAAAAUUUCCUACACAAACGACUCUUAGUUCAUUUGGACAUUGUGACCAUUUUAAGAAAUUUAGCACUUCAAAAGAAAAAUCUUGAACAUUUUUUUCUAAAUGGCUUGAUUCAAAUCCUUGCCAGUUAUCACAAAACUCCUUUCCCCUGAUCCUAAGGAAGCCAUCAUCUUAAAAUACAUGUUGAUUGCUGAAGUAAUGGCAGGAGGUAUAGGAUCAAAAGGUCCAAAAAUAUUCAUUCCUGCCCUUUUAGAAACGCUGGUACAUUUCCUAGUACAUUCACUGUGUAACUGUUUUGACUAAUGACUUAAAAAUGCUGUGAAAAGCCUCAUUCCAUAAACAUCAACGGUCCGAGUAUUUUGUAGAUUUGUUAGCCAAAAUAUCAGUGCUGGAAAUUGUGUUUGCAUUGAAGCUGCUGUUUAAAAAAGAAAAUUUAUAAAUUUACUAAUGUCUCAGCAUGGUAAAGUUUGCACAUUAACAGAAAUUAAGACUGCAAAGCAGGUAAAUUAAAAUUACUCCUUUAUAAACA